AAUCACAAAACACACGAGAAACCUACCUUCUACCGGUGCCACUUCGUCAACUGCUACACGAGUCCUUCUGCUGAAUUCUUCAUUACUUCACUUCGAAGACACUUCUCGUAAAACAUUUACAGCACUACAUACAAAUCGUUGCCGCCCCUUCAUUUUCCGACCAACAUUAGGUGUAACGAUACUGCGAAAAUGCCGCCAAAAUCAAGGAUAAAACGUAGCCAAASCUAUCUUUCAUCAGUGAUGGCGAAUCGACAACAAGCGCAACGACGACAACAAAUGGCUGCAGCGACGACGCUGCUGGUAUUUUGCUUCCUACUCCUUUUUUCAGCGGAAAAUGGGCACGCCUUUACAYCUGAAUCUUCAGGAAGGUCGUCUAGGUUAUUGAAUUGUGGAUCGCCCGGUCUAUCGUUCAAAGACGAAAAUGACUUCGURCCAUCAUCACUGAGAACAUCUCUGACGCCGUCGUCAUCAUCKCUCGCAAUGGCGACGACAACGUCUUCUACAAGGCUUUCGAAUGCCGAACUCGACCGMAAAAUUGUAGGUCUGGGACGCAAGGGGAAAACAGACGAGGCCCUUCGAAUAUUUGAGAGCAUCGAUCGACCAAACAUACGGAUAAUAAACGGAGCCAUUGACGCCUGUGCAAGGGCGCGGCCGACAAGACUGAAGAAAGCCUUUGAGAUCCUGGAAAAAGCAACUUCCGAAAGCUCGAAUUACAAUAUCAAACCCAAUGUGUUUACGUUCGGAUCUUUGAUGAAUGCUUGCAAUCGGGCCAGGGACGCGGAGAAGGCCAUUCAGACACUGCGAUCGAUGGAAAAAAAAUACGGGGUCGUUCCGAAUGCUGUUGUUUACUCAUCUGCUAUUUCAGCCUGYGCAAGAUCGGAACCUCCCAAACCCGAUUUAGCUCUAAAACUUCUUAAAGAAGUUGUCGAAGAAAAGAAAUUACCGAUGAGUGUCGUAGGAUUCAAUGCUGCGAUCUCUGCAUGUGCUCAGGCCUCCGAUUGGGAAAACGCUAUUUCUCUUCUCACUAGAAUGGAAGAAGCGAACAGCGACAACAACUCCGUGAGCGACAGCGACAGCGACAACGACAACGACAAUGAAAGCAGCAAAUUCUUGGUACCAGAUCCCGAUGUAGUGACGUACGGAACAGUUUUGGCGGCAUGCGAACGCGGARGAGAAUGGAAACUCAUUCUGAAAAACGCAGAAUCCAUGCAGGAGCGCGGAUUGCCCCUCGACGGACUUUCCGUUAUGACGUGCCUCCAYGCCUGUGCCGAGCUUGGUCUAGCUUACGAGGCCCUCCGAUACCUCGACAUGAUGAAAUCGGUGAAGGAAGUUACUCCUAGAACGGCACGGUACCAACGGUACGGAGCUAGAAAGCCCCUAAUGGGUCCCGAUCCCGUAGCUUAUCGGUGUGCAAUMUCGGCGUGUGCCCGUGGGGGUGCCUGGCGGGAGGGGAUCCAGCUCUUACAGGAAUGCAAGAAUGUCACCGGGACUCCCGCAAACACGGUAGCCUACACAGCAGCUAUCACAGGUUGCGAAUACGCCGGGGAAUGGAAGGAGGCUUUUUUCUUGCUGGACAAAAUGCGGAAAGAGGGCGUCGAACCUAACGAACUCACUAUGGGAGCGGUCAUCGGGGCCUGCGCAACGGCAAUUGCCAAGAASGAURGAGAUCACGAAACUKGGACAGAAAAUAUGCCGCUACCCCAGAAAAAAGCCAUUCAGUUGCUCAGCAUCAUGAAGAAGGACCCGAAAAUUGUCAAACCGAACAUCCAGGUCUACAACGCCGCGAUCCGAGUCUGUGCCGAAGCUCACGAUACGAAGCGAGCCUUCCGCCUUCURCAAGAUGCAAAGGACUCAAAUAUCGAACGAACCCAAUUUACAUACGGGUCCCUGAUGACGGCGUGCGAACGCAUCGGAUCUGUGGAAUGSGCUAGCAAAGCCUUCCGUUUGAUGAAGGAAGACGGCAUCAAACCAAACGAAAUCAUUUAUGGAGCCGCCAUCAGCUGUUGYAGGAAAGCCAAGGAGCCCAAGAGAGCAUUGCUUUUGCUGAGGAAGAUGAUCAGCGAAGAACUUUCACCCAAUGCCGCAACAAUCAACACUGUGAUGCUUGCUCAAACGGAUUCGGGAAAAUCGUCCAACAGCGAAAAGGUCUUGCAGGUAUACAAGAUYAUGCAAUCAGAAUACGUCGGUGCCCGGGGAAAGCCCAACCGGUAUACCUACAACAUCCUUAUCAACUACUUUGCCGACAYRAAAGAACCCGCCUCGGCCGAGGCCUUUCUAGACAAGAUGCGAAAGGAGGGAUUCAAGCCUGAUGUGGAUUUAUUCACCAAGACCGUGUCCGCAUACGAACGCAAGAACCAGCCCCUGAAAGCGCUGAAUCUCAUGGAGCGGAUGCAGAACGAUGGAUACGACUUUUACGGGAACAAGGUGUUCAAUGAGGCUUUUAAAAAGGGCGUUGCAGUUCUGAAUUCCGUGGGCCAGACCUUCGCAGGUUCGGACGAGGAAAAGCAAAUUAUAUCUCGUUCACUGAAUCGAACCGAUGMGUAUGACAUCGAAAACGAUCCUUACGACAUAAAUGGAACGAGCGAGGAAUAGUAGGUGUAUUGAUGGUCCAAAUUCUCUACCCCAGUAGAUUUUUCUAGUCUAGUUAAUACCGUGGACCAUGCCACUAAGAUAUGAAAAGGUUUUCUGAACUUCAUUAAAUGGUUUUGCACUUU